AUGGUCAGUGACCCAAGCAGCCAUGAAUAUUGCCUCUUGUAUCGGUGCCCUGCUUGGACCAGAUGGGUUUUUGGUGUUACCGCCGUCGGUAUCCUCGUUGGCUACCGACCUCCAAAGAGGCAUUCACUUCUGGAUCAUCUGUCGUUCUGGCAGAAGUUUGGCCACCUUGACCUCGCUUGGCAGCGGUCUACUGUGUGUCGGUCUUUCACUAUUUUUGGCUGGUCUCUGUCUCGGAGGUGGUCUUUACACCUGGACCGAUGUUCGAGUUCUAGCCCCGCUCAUCAUCGGCUGUUCGCCUUUGGGUUUUACGAAGUCUAUGGCACCAAGAUCGGCAUCCUUCAUCACGGCCUAUUCAAAGGGCCACACACCAACGGUCGAGUCGUGGCAAUUUGCACCCUCCUCAUUGCUGCCGAGGCCAUUUUGGGUUUCUCUUAUCUGAUUUUCUAUCCCAGCCUCACAACGAGUCUCUUCACCACCGAUCCCAUGAAACUUGUCGCGCGCCUGGAGGGGUACUGGAUUGCUUGUGCCAUCGGCAGCAUCAUCUUCGGCUUUUUCAGCACGAGAUAUCGGACUGUUCGUGAGCCGUUAGCAGUUGGCUUCCUUAUCACCAGCUCCAUGGUUUCGGAUUCGGGUCGGCUCUCAUCCUUAUCGUAUCUUUCCACUCGCGCCGUCGCUGCUACCGUGUUUACCGCCAUCUAUGCCGCAGCACUACGCACACAACUUGACAGGAAGACUGCUUCUUAUGAUUCCGAAGCUGCACUUGGCGCCGGUCUUCCUGUCGCAUCACUCACUGCUUUUCUCGGAGCGUUCCUCACAAACGAUGCUGACGCACUCAUGCAGGUGCCGGGAGUUACACCCACGAUCGUUGCGACAAGUCUUGCUGCAAUGAAGCAGGCUUUUGCUGACUCCUUCAGGAUCAUUUACAUCAUUGCUGCUCCCUUUGGUGUCGUGGCAGUCAUAGCGGCCUGUUUCCUGGGAAGCGUGAAACAUACCAUGAACUAUGGAGUUGAUGCUCCUGUGGAAAAGCUGCACGCGAAGCAUUAUCAUGAAGACACUACCCAAAAUGCUUGA